AUGGAUGAUGAUAAUGAUGGUGAUAAAGAUUUCUAUCAAGAUCAAUUAAAUCAAUAUAGAAACAAACAUCUCAAAGUAAAGACAGAAGAUGAAUUGAGCCAAGAUUUGAAAAGAAUACAAAUAGAGGAGAAUAAAAGGGAUAAAGAACAAGAACAAGAAAAGAAGUUACAAGUUGAAAAGGUCGAAUUGGUUAGUCAAACUACUCAAUUGGAUGAAUACAAGGGUGUUAGAAAACAAGAGACUGACAAGACACUACAAGAUAGGGAGGAGAUGAGAAAAAGGGUACAAGAAAAGAUAGAAUUGGAGAAACAAAGGGCAGCCCAAUUAUUGGUAGAUAGUAAGGUUGGACAAGUGGAUCAAAUGAAAGAAUACCAGUUGACAAGAUCAAGAGAUAGUAAACAACAAAGACAAAAUGAUUUGGCUAUUUUGCAAAAGAAAAGGGCUGAUAAGGAAUUGGAAGAACAAAGAAUAAGAGAAGCCAAACAAAGAGAAAAACAACAACACCAAGAUCAAUUAAAUGCAUACCAACAAAAACAACAUGCUGAAAUUGAUCGUCAAAAACAACAACAAGAGAAUAGUCAUAUCCAAUUGGUAGAUUAUGGUAAUCAUUAUUAUAAUGCCUCUGGACGACCAAAUAAUCGUCCUCCAUCUCUAUUGGAAUUGAAUCCACAUCAACGUAUUGUUGUUAACAAACCUCCUCCUAGAGUACAAGGUUCAAUUAAAAAACUUGGUGGAUAUGGUUCAAAUUAA